AUGACUGUGGAGUGUGUGUCUCAGGAUCUGCUGUGCUUUGUUUACUUCAGCGCUGAUUACAUCAGAUCCCCAGGGACCAUUAGCUUCACCUUCACACUGCGGAUUAUUUGGACAGAUUGGCCCUUUUGUGACCUGUUCUUCUUCCUGUUUGCAUCUGAAGUAAAGUGCGGCAGGUUUGCACUAAGAACACUCCUUCCUCUAAUUACGGCCUCUGUGUGUCAUCAGGUGACGUUCCGCACCAGGAUCUAUCACUGCAACAUCAACAGCCAGGGGGUGAUCUGCCUGGACAUUCUGAAGGACAACUGGAGUCCUGCCCUCACCAUCUCCAAGGUCCUGCUGUCCAUCUGCUCCCUGCUCACCGACUGCAACCCUGCGGACCCCCUGGUGGGAAGCAUCGCCACACAGUACCUGACCAACAGAGCAGAGCACGACAGGAUAGCCAAACAGUGGACCAAACGCUACGCCACAUAGAGCCGCGCUCACCCCAACAUCACGUCCAACACUUCCUGUCCUCCGGCUCUACGGAAUCAUCCACCCCUAACCCCCCCACCCCGCUGACAUAUGAACUGUUCUUUGUUCCAUGCUGACUUGAAAAGCUUCUUUUUAUACAAAGAGUCUAUUGGGAUUGUAUUUUCCAAUACACUGAAUGUUGAUAUGGUCAUGAAAAGCUUUAAUACUGUUAUUGUUCUUGUUGAUGUUGCUGUUCUUAAUGCAUUGUUUAUACCAUGGUUGCCACUCUGGUCAUGUCCUUUAUUGAAACGUGUGUGUACUAUCCAUGGGUCAUGUGAUGUAAAAAUGUUCAUACUGAGUGAGAGUGUGUGUAUGCGUGCGUGUGUGUGUGAGUGUGAGUGGUUUUCUGUUUCCGGUCAGUAAUAGUGCAUGGCGUCUGGAUGUGUGUUCAUGCAGUGUCGUCAUGGUAUCCGUUGUGUUCCUGCAGACUUGUGGCAUGGACUGAGCUCAUCAUCAUGUAUGACAUUAGGUGUUAGUUUGCUGUACAUUUAUUGCCUUGUGGGAAUACAUAGUGAAUUAAAACACUGGCUGUAAUGUGACA